UGGUGAAAAUCUGCAACUGAGUUCUCAGGUUGAACACAAGGGCAUAUCGGCAAAAUGACAACCAUAGCAGUCGUCUUCCCGCGUAUAGAGGCAUGAGCUUUCGAAAGGGUGUCGCUUCCGCUCGGCGGGACAAGAGCAAAGGCCGCUCAGCUGGCCUCACAGAGGAGCAGAAACAGGAAAUACGGGAGGCCUUUGACCUCUUCGACACUGAUGGUUCUGGUACAAUUGACGCCAAGGAGCUCAAGGUUGCCAUGAGAGCACUGGGCUUUGAGCCGAAAAAGGAAGAGAUAAAGAAAAUGAUUGCCGACAUCGACAAAGACGGAAGUGGGACGAUCGACUUCGAGGAGUUUCUGACGAUGAUGACAGCCAAAAUGGGGGAGAGAGAUUCCAAGGAGGAAAUCAUGAAGGCAUUCAGGCUUUUCGAUGACGACGAGACGGGCAAGAUUUCGUUCAAGAAUUUGAAGCGUGUCGCAAAGGAGUUAGGAGAGAAUAUGACGGACGAAGAAUUGCAAGAGAUGAUCGACGAAGCUGAUCGUGAUGGGGAUGGGGAGGUCAGUGAAGAGGAGUUUUACAGGAUAAUGAAGAAAACUAGCCUUUUCUAGGCUUCAGCUUCAGCUUCAGCUUCAACGUCCUAGCCGAUACUGCCUUCAGCUUGAAGGCCACCACACUGGCAGUCAUUGUGGCUUUCUCUUUCAGUUCCUUCUCAACUGUUUCUUCAAGUGCGUCACUGUUUACAACUUACUUUCCUGUGGGCUCCUCAGUGACCUACCCAUCCU